CUCCCCCUCUGCAGACCAGGGUUUCCUGUAGGUCCCAGGUCAAGGCAGGGGUGUGGGUGGGACAGGCUUUUCCUCUUCCUGAGCUCUGGGAUCCUGCAGGAGGAAGUUGGGAAGUUGGGCGGGGGCCUCAGGACUUGCUAUGCCCUGCCUGCCACCCAGCAGCUGUGCCACCGCCUCCCAGAAGUCUGAGCUGGGAGGCCCGAGGUCUGGGAUGAGAAGCUGGGCCCAGAGGAGACUCAGGGGGGGCCACAGGCCUGGCCCUCAUCAUGGAGCCUAUGUUUGAGGAUGACAUCAGCAUCCUGACCCAGGAAGCCCUGGGGCCCAGUGAAGUGUGGCUGGAUGCUCCCGAAGACCCCUCGCUGGGUGGGGACAUGUGUUCUGCUUCUCACUUUGCUCUCAUCACGGCUUAUGGAGACAUCAAGGAGAGACUGGGCGGCCUGGAGAGGGAGAAUGCCACGCUGCGCCGACGCCUGAAAGUCUAUGAGAUCAAGUACCCACUGAUCAAUGACUUUGGAGAGGAACAUAACUUUUCCCUGUAUGAAAUCAAGGAUGGCUCCCUUCUGGAGGUGGAGAAGGUCAGUUUGCAGCAACGGCUCAACCAGUUUCAGCAUGAGUUGCAGAAGAAUAAAGAGCAAGAAGAUCAGCUCCGGGAGAUGAUUGAAGCCUAUGAGAAACUGUGCGUGGAGAAGAGUGACCUGGAAACGGAGUUGGGGGAGAUGCGGGCCUUGGUGGAGACCCACCUGCGGCAGAUCUGUGGGCUGGAGCAGCAGCUGCGGCAGCAACAAGGCCUGCGCGAAGCAUCCUCCUUCCCCAGCCGGAGCCCACCGCCCACCCCUGCCUCCCCCUGCACCGAGCUGGACUUGCAUUACCUGGCCUUGAGAGGGGGGUCUGGCUUGAGUCAUGCCGGCUGGCCAGCCCCUACACCGAGUCUGAGCGAGCUGGAGCGGAGGAGGUUGGAGGAGGCGCUGGAGGCCGCUCAGGGGGAGGCCCGGGGUGCUCAGCUUCGAGAGGAGCAGCUGCAGGCUGAGUGCGAGCGGCUCCAGGGGGAGCUGAAGCAACUGCAGGAGACCCGGGCCCAGGAUCUGGCCUCCAACCAGUCGGAGCGGGACAUGGCCUGGGUGAAAAGAGUCGGGGACGAUCAGGUGAACCUGGCGCUGGCCUACACGGAACUGACGGAGGAGCUGGGCCGACUGCGGGAGCUGAGCGCGCUGCAGGGAAGGAUCCUGAGGACGCUGCUGCAGGAGCAGGCCCGGAGUGGUGGCCAGCGGCAUUCACCACUGUCCCAGCGGCACUCGCCCGGCCCCCAGUGCCCCUCGCCAUCCCCGCCGGCCCGAGCGACGGCCCCGUGCCCGUCGUGCCAGUCCCCGGGUCCCCAGCGCCGCUCCCCCGCGCCCCCGUGCCCCUCGCCCCAGCAGCGCCGCUCGCCCGUGCCGCCGCCCUGCCAGUCCCCCAGCCCGCAGCGCCGCUCGCCCGGACCCCCGCCGCCCGGCCCGGCCCCGCAGCCCCGGCCGCCGCCGCCCCCGCCGCCCGGGGAGCGGCCCUACGCCAAGCCGCCCAGCCACCACGUCAAGGCCGGCUUCCAGGGCCGCCGCAGCUACUCGGAGCUGGCCGAGGGCGCCGGCUACGCGGGCACCGCGCCCGCCUGGCUGCAGGCCGAGGCGGCCACGCUGCCCAAGCCCCGCGCCUACGGCGGGGAGCUCUACGGGCCCGGCCGGCCGCUCAGCCCGCGGCGCGCCUUCGACGGCCUCCGCCUGCGCUUCGAGAAGCAGCCGUCCGAGGAGGACGAGUGGGCCGUGCCCGCCAGCCCGCCCAGCCCCGAGCUGGGCGCCAUCCGCUGCGCCUCCUUCUGCGCCGGCUUCCCCAUCCCCGAGUCGCCCGCGGCCACCGCCUAUGCCCACGCCGACCACGCGCAGUCCUGGCCGUCCAUCAACCUCCUGAUGGAGACCGUGGGUUCUGACAUCCGCAGCUGUCCGCUCUGCCAGCUGGGUUUCCCGGUUGGGUACCCCGACGAUGCCCUCAUCAAACACAUUGACUCCCACCUGGAGAACAGCAAGAUCUAGGGUGCCACCCUGUGCGCUGGCUGUCUCUGCUCGUCCCGUCGCCCCCAGACACACACUCACUCUGAAUGCUGCAUGAAUCUCGUGGAGGGGCCUUGCCCCUUGCGACCCCCAGAUACCUCCACUAGCUACCAAGUCUGCGUGUGUACCGGCCCCUGGCUCCGUUGCAGGGGUGGGGGCUGCGGCAGGAGGGGAUGGGGUGCCCCCACUUGGCCCCUCUCCCAUCUGCUCUCAGCAGGGUUGGAUCCCAGGAGGUGUCUAGUGCUUGGGUUGGGGUAUGGGCCUGGGAGGUUCUCAGAGGGCUCUGGCAAAGCCCCUACCCCUCCCUCAAGCCCCUCUUUCUCAGGCAGGGUUCUGUCCAGGGCACUCCACUCCAGGGGGCUUCUGAGCUGGCCCUGCAUGGAUGCCAGCUCCUUUCCCUCUCCCCUGGCAGCUCAGGGCUCCUGGCCUGGCCCCCACAGGGGGAAGGAAGCCUCUUGCCACUCCUGCAGGCAACUCUCCCCAUCUGCCCUCCUGGGGAAGAGGGUGGGUGGCAGGAGAAGGCAGCAGACUGGCAGGAUGUAGCCCAAAGAGGCUUCCUGGAGGGCACUGGGGCUCCGGCCCUCAGGCCAGGGGUCUCUGCAGCAGCCUCUGUGGAGACCAGUGCCCUCUCUUCCAGCUGCUGCCUGGGCUCUGGAGCCCCGUGACGCCUGCCAGCAGGGCACACCAACCCUGACUCCAGGCGGGCACAGAGAAAGGGCCCCGGGUGCUGUGGAGACCUACUUCAAAAGAGCUAACCCCUUCCCAUGCCCCAGCGCCCCCCAUUCCCUCUGUGAAAUCUACCUCAGAGUUGAACCCUCAGAAGGACGAGCAAGCAGGAGGCCAGGGGGUCCCUAGGGCUGAGGUGGGGAGCUUCCUACGGCAAGAGUCUGCCGCCCCCACGAUGAAUCCACCCCCCUCCACUGCGAUCCUCUCUUGGUCCCCGCCCUGGGCAGGCAGGCAGCCGUGGCCACUGAGGCCCACGCAUGUACCAUUCAGAUCCAACUCUUCAGAGCCACUGGCCUGCCCGUCCCUCCUCCUGGGCAGCAGCAAGAAGCGGGAGUCACAGACUCCAGGGACAGACACAUGGCUGGGCACCCAAGAAGGGGAGAUGGGGCUGGGCGCUGGAGAGGGGAAGUGCGGGGAGGCCCCGAGCGCUCUGAACAAGCUGAAAGUCCAAAUAAAACUGACCUGUUCCAUCUGC